CACGACGGCAGCAUCAUGUUCAUCAACGUCCCGGAAGAUGAGGCGGCGAUCGAGGCGCUGCUACGGGAUCGAACCAGCGCUGCUGCAUUCGUACACGAGAACCUGCGUGAUGAUGGCAGUUUGGAGAACGGCCAAGCCUUUUCGCUACAUAUCCGUGAUAGAGCCAAAGAUGUCGAUCGACAUGCUGCAACCCAAUUUGCACAAUCCGACCGCGUCCUUGGCCUGGCGUGCAUGACGUGGUGGGCUUUGCAGUCAUGUUCCAGCUUAUCUGUACCACUUGGAUUGGCGCUGACGCGCAAACGCGAUAUGCUGCAAGAGGACUCGGAAAUGGACAUGUUUUCCUUUGGCGACGACAAACUCUAUGCCGUCGCUCCAGCCACCUCCAUCGACGCCUUCGUGCGUGCUACGGCAGAGCCCAAUACCGAACACUCAGACGGCAAGAAGCCUCAAGUGUUGCAGGCAUCUACGGACGACGUUUACUUUGGGCAAUGCACUACCGCUCCAGUUGUUGGCCAUCUCACGGGCAGCUUGCCGCUCUCUCCUCUCGAUGUCCUGAACGACGACGCCCGGAGCAAAUGGUUCCUUAUACCACUUGACGUCACGUCUAGCGCGCUUUCCCAUGUGGACUUUGCCGCCGACGUGUACGUAGUGUCCGUGGACGUCAUCGAGGCGGCGAUUGUGGCAGUCGCAUUGGUGUUGGCAGGACACCCCAGCGUCCAUCUGUGCCGCUUUGGCUUAGCGAACUCGUUGGCCCUUCUUCCAGGCCACCUCACGUCCGGCAUGUUUGUCCCAUCCGAUGCAGUGCGCGCGAAUGAAGAUGGCGCGUUCGACAUCUCGAGCGGCGCAGACCACAAGGCCGACUCUGUCGCCAGGGAAACAGUUAAGGAUAAUUGGAACGCCGCCUUGGUACAAGCAGAUUACGACGCAAAGGCCAGCGCAGACGACGACGUCGUGGUGCUCCCGCACGCUUACCAAUCGGACUUCUUCACAAUGCCGUCCCCCCUGUCGAAAGAACAGUUCUUGGCCGUGGCGGAAGUUAUCUACCAGUACGCGUCGCUGUGCCUCGCGCCGUUUGGCGUGCUGUGCCCGAACCCGCACGUGGUCAACACGACGAUGCUCGAAGCGAAGCUCAAAGGCGCGCCGAUCCUUCAAGAAGUCGUGGAAACCAUAUCGGACCUCGUGUACGACAUGUUUGACCUGAACGAAAGCACAAUGGCGAUGAGUUCUCAAAAAUGGCUCCACGAUUCCCGCGACGCGGACUGUGUAGCUCAAAUGCAGCGCAUCCAGGACCUACCGCAAACGCUGAUGAAGCCCCCGCCGGUCGUCGAUGUGUCCGACGCGCCCGUCGACGCCGCGGCCGUCCUUGCGGUCGUUGAAUCGAUUCGAGCCAGUGUUCACCGCACGCUACAAGCCAAAGUGCCUUGGGCUCUCACCGCUGUUCCUCCAGUCGAAGGACUUGCGACGCCAAAGCCUCCUCAGCCGAUUGCUCAACUGAGUUGGUAUCCCUGCGUGGCGUACCAGUUGGGCUACAAAUUCACGCCGACCAAGUCGUCGCGCACGAAACAGAGCUCCCUCCAGGUCAAAGCGAAGACCCAAGCCGUGUUUGAAGGUGUCCAAGAAGCCCUGAAGGUCCACGAGUGUCCGAAACUGAACGCCAUCCAGUUGCAAGCGGUCGUGGACUGCGUCAAAGCAGCCACCGCUGAGCCGCUGGAGCAAGUACUGAUGUCGACGUUCGCAUCCCAUCACGUCGUCAACGAUGAUGUCACCAUGGACGAGGCCAAGACCACGGACGAUGGUGCAAUAGCAGCGUUUGCCGCCAAGAUUCGCGCUGGGGACUACAGCGUCCGUCGACGGGACGACGCGGAGGCCGUCCGACGAUACACGGAGGCGCUCAACUGCGUCCCUGUGCACCAUUCGAGCGCCGUGGAGGCGCUGACGAAGCGGGCCAAGUGUUUUAUUCGGUCGGACAAAGUGGACCUGGCCCUCGCAGAUGCCACGUUGGCGCUGGACCUGUCGCCAUAUUCGGCCGACGCGUAUGCAUGCAAAGGCGAGAUUGACGAACGGCAGAAGGAGUUUGAAAAGGCGCUGCAGCAUCAUGUGCUGGCUUUCAUCCUAGGCGGUUCCCGCGUGAUCGAGCAAGCCGAAGUCAUCGAACGAGUGUCGAAACUCGUCGGAAGAGAGCAAGCCAAGGGCAUCUGGGCCACCAUGGUCAAACGCCACGAGCUCCCGUCGGGGUGGCUUGUCGACAGCUAUUUCUUGUCGUUUAGCCGCGAUGCCGACGCGGGUGUCAGCACGCUCUACGUGACGAUGCCGAAAGCCACGGCCGUCGACGACGAUGUUGUCGUGCUGAGCGACGACCGCUUUGAUGAUCUCUUUGUCCAAGCCGUCGACCACAAACGGUCGAAGCGGUACACCGCCGCCCAGACGUUGUUUGCCAAGUUGGCUGCGUACGUGUUGAGUUGCCGAGCCACGGACGAGCCGGAGAACCCCGAUGCCGUCGCUGACGACGACGUUGUUGCAUCGGCACCGUCCAAGAAACUGUACAAAACCAAGCUUGAUCGUCACGUUGUUGCUCUCAACUUCCACGCGACGUUCUUGUACAUUGCUGGCGAUGUCGAGAGUGCUUUGGACGUGAUCGAUCACGCGCUGGCGCUGGACAGCGAACAUCUCAACUCGGUGAUCAAGAAAGCAGGGUUCCUCUGCGAAUUGGGCGAGUUCGGACAAGCCGACGAGUGGUUCCAGCACGCCGCUGCCAUGGACGAGAACAGCGGUGACGUGUACUUGCACCGUGGCCAAAUGGAGCUCAUCUUGGGCGAUUACGCGGCGGCGGUGUCGUCGCUCCGUAAGUCCAUGACACGUUGCGACUCGUUAGCAGUCACGCACAUCUCGUACGGGAUGGCGCUGUACAAGGCCGGGUCCGUCUACCAGAGCUUGGACGUGUUCAAAACGGCGCUCGAACUCUUUCCCACGUCACAUGAAGUUCGAUUGUUCUACGGCGACGUCCUCUCCGACCGUGCAGACUACGGCCAAGCCAUGGAGCAUUUGAGAAAAGCCGUCGAGUUCUCGCCGGAAUGCCCGCUGCCGUGGCUAAACGCUGGGCGCAUCUUCGUCGCCACGAACGACGGCAACCACGCCAUCACCCACUUCGAGCAAGCCCUCCAGGUGGACCCGCGGUGCAGUGCCACGCACCUGGACUUGGCCCAAGUGUACUUUGCUCAAGGGAAGGUCGAUAGCGCGAUGGCGCAUUUUGACCUGGCCACGACGACGUGCCGCUUCCUGCCAGAAGUCGAAGACGCGUGUGCGUGUCGUAGCGUCGCGAUGAUGCAACUCAAGGCGACCACGAUCCUCGGCGUCGAGUUGCGGCACAUGCUCAAAACACAAAAGUAGCCUCGUUCACGAAACCAGCAUAACACACUUCAGCCAUCUAUUCCUACACCUGGCCCCACUACGCAUGCGGCGGCGGCGAGUCAUGCCAACAGCGCGAAGGCAGAGAGCGGGGCCGCGGCAAGUUGGUAAAGGUCGGCCCUAAGUGCGGCCGAAAUGGGAUGUAAAAUAGGAUCAUAAAAAAUAUAUUCUUGGCAAGGUCAAGGAUGCUUACAAGUUUCUC